AUGGCUUUAACAUCAGUGUUCAGGAGAGUGAAUGUCAAAGAACUGAUCUCAAAUGCUUCGGUGUAUGCUAGCGCAACAGAAUCUUCUGGAGGAAUGAGCUUGGUGUUUAGACGCUGGGCUACCAAGAAGACUGCUGGAUCAACUAAAAAUGGCCGUGACUCCAAUCCCAAGUAUUUGGGUGUAAAGAAGUUUGGUGGAGAGAAAGUGGAACCGGGAAACAUCAUUGUUCGCCAAAGGGGGACUCGCUUCCACCCUGGGAACUACGUCGGCAUGGGCAAGGAUCACACUCUCUUCUGCCUUAAGGAAGGCCACGUGCGGUUCGAGCGCAACAAGCUGACUGGCAGGAAAUGGGUCCAUGUUGACCCUGUGGCUGGCCAUGAUCUACACCCAGUCUACACCAGUGGUUCGACUACUGCAGUCGACCUGGAGGCGCAGUUGUAG